AUGGAGCGAAUAAAGCGUAUGGCCCAAGAGGAACUGCGCAAUUUCCUGGCGCUGGCUAAAGAUGGCUUGCGGUCUGGCGCAUACAUCUACCCGUUCCAGGGCAUUGCCUACUUUCUAUCGCACCCGUCACUGUACAAGCCUAUGCUGUCAAAGCUCGCACCAACAUUAUCACUGACCCUCGCCGUGACCGGAGCCAUGUUCUUCUUCACAUAUAUACCCCAAGCAGCCAUUUUGGCUCUAACAUCGGGCCCUCUCAUAGCACCAUUCUCAGCAGCUCUGCUAGUCCUCAGUGAGAGUUCAACUAUAAUAUCCUACCUCGCGAAAUCAGGCUACGUGUUCGACCAAGAUACCUUGCUUAAUCUAUUUGAUGGAACACUACUUUCAUGCGGCAACACACAAUUGGUGUCCAAGGACCGUAAACUGAAACCUGCUUCUGAUCCAAUGGCUCGUCUGGGGCAUUUUAUUAAGAAAGGUGGCGGUUCGCUGAUGAACGCGAUGAGCUUGUCAAAUAUGUUUAGAUCGCUGCUGUAUUUGCCUCUGAAUUUCAUACCGGUUGUUGGGACUUUGAUGUAUAUCGGUGCCCAGGGGACUAGGAUUGGACCUAUGUUACAUGCUAGAUACUUUUAUCUAAAGGGGUGGGGUACGAUGGAACGGGACCAGUGGCUUGAGAGGAAUAGAGGUGCUUACGCCAGCUUUGGUGCUGCUGCCUUUGUGCUAGAGAUGGUACCCUUUACAUCUCUCUUUUUCACGUAUACGAACACGGUUGGAGCUGCUCUAUGGGCCGCGAGACUGGAGAAGACCUUUGCAACCAACCCCAGCCUCCGUGGGGCCACUGAGAUGAAAUCUAUGUGA